GUGGUCGGCGCUAGAUCCAAACCCAAGACUCGGAGUUCGAAAAUAGGACGGAAAAGACAGAGGUGGAGGUGGACUUGUUUGAUGACAUUCUUUCUUUACACUGAGGCACUAUGAGAUAAACUCUGGCAGUUUGCUGUUCACCUGAUCAGGUCAUCCUAAACACAACGUCACAAUGGCCUCUGACAGUGAAGACAUUGAUCCUCAUCCACUUCCUGGUGGUGCUGUUCCUAAACCCAUGCAGAGGACAAGCUCACCAGACUUCAACAACUUUCUUGAUCCUCUCCUAGCCCUCACGCCAGAUAAGCCACAGAAAAUAGCUCAAGUUGUGGCCAGUCAAAGACAAAGGAGAGGAGGAACAGAAAAACAAAAAGGAUCAAACAAGGAGAAUCGGGGUUCUGUUACUGAAGAACUAAACAAAGACAGUGAAAGUCAUUCUAAAGAGGGGACAACAAGUCCUGGGUUAAUAUCACAUCCAAGUGUCCUGUUUCAGCAGGAGAGAACUAAUCGAGACCAAAUAUUGCAGAAAAAUUUAAAGAUCAUCAAACAUGGCGUCCCUGAGACAGAUUCGAAAAAGGAGGCCAGAAAUAAGGAUGAAAUCGCUGCAGCCAGAGUAAAUAAACUUACAAAACUGAGUUCAACCAGUGCUCCAAAAGACGCAGUUCUUCAAAGGAAAUCAACCACUGUUCGAUCCUGCGUGCAGAAUAAGCAGAAGCACACUGGUGCUACUAGUAAGAAGCAUGUUCGCAUUGUAGACCCGAAGACCCCAUUGUCUACUCCUGAACUCCAUUCCACAGCAGCGUUGGGUCAUCAGCUCAAGCAGUUGGAAAUAGAGACAUUCAAUGCUGAAGAGGUUCUGGUCAAGACGUUACAGGACUCUGAAGCAGCUCGAGUGGCUUUCAGUGAGAGGGUUGCUGAAGCUGCCAAUGUCAACAAGCAUGAGAAGAAAUACUUGGGUCUUGUCAGCGUUGGUGUACCUGUUGAAUCGACUCUUCAAAGGGCUCUCACCCAGCGUCACUCAAGAGUGAAACGACGGACCCAAAGACCAUCAAAGGCAUCAGAAGUCCCACCACCGGAUAUCCUGGAGAUGUUCUCCCCCGCAAUGAUAGUGGAGUCUGCCAAGACAGAUGUAAGUGGACUUAUUCCUCCAAAGGUCAAAGCAGCACCUGUUGAUCCUGAUAUGACCUUUGACCUCUACAGACACAUGCAAUGCUGGGAUCUUGGACAUUGAGUUGCAGCGUGUUUGUGAAUGGAAGAUGUUUUCCUGCGACAAGCUGCAAGUAGCUUUAUUCUUUUUGCCUAUAAACCUGUACACCUUUGUUGUUGCCUUGAAUCCUGCUUGAUAUUGCGUAGGGAAAACCAGAUGCUAAACGGAGGCUAACGAUGAUGAUGUCGUCUAAAAGGUACUUUGUGCUUGAGGUGCAGUGGUUUGAAGGAUAAGUCACUGGGUUAUGGAUCAAAUGGCCAGGGGUUCUCAUUAAUUCUCAACUUUAAUUGUCUGGCAAGUUAACAAUCUUAAAGGGAAAUCCAACCUUGAGUGCAAAAUAAUCUACAAGAAAGCAGAAAAAUUAAAAGGGUAGAUUUGUGAAAGUUUGAAUGAAAUCGGACAUUUAGAAAGUUAUUAACUAUUAAAAGUUGCAAUCACUGUCGUCCUCAUUGGUUGUAGCCAUCAAAACCUCAAGUGCUUGGAGGCAGGGUACUUUACCAAAAUCACUAACACUGCUUCAAUAUAUUUUCAAUUGCGCCAUCUUUUGUUGAAGGCGUGCAUAGAGCGAUAUCCCAAUCCUGGACCCAGGUAUCAUCACUCGUACUUCAUUAGUUGGUGAUGCAUUAUGGGACAUUUCUGUCAAGUGUCAACACAUCGGGACAUUGUGAGCAGAAGAUGGCAGUGCUCGUAAAUCUGAAUUAGUGUCGGUAGCAUACCCUGCCUUUCAAUCCAUUUACAAAAUGUUGCCUUUUCAACAGGGUGUCUUUGUAGUAAUGUACAUCUGCACAAACUUUCAAAAUGAUGAAUUAAUCUAUACAAUUGAAUGUUCAUGUUUGACAUACAACCUGCUGUCAUGUUAAAAAUUGAGUGCUUGCGAUGCAUUCACAUGUUACAUGUAUUUUGAAAAUGUAUCACACCAAGUUUGUGUCUUAACAC